AUGAAAAGCAGUGAUGAAUCUGAAUUCAGCAAGGAUGGGGAUAGCUCUGAAGAAGGGGAAGUGCAGUCGGAAAUUGAUGAGGUCGAAGUAACACUGGAUACCGUGGUGAAAAAAGACGAAACACCAUGGGAACGUGGUCUUCGCUUAGCACGAGAGCGAUUAGAACGUGUCAAAGCCUUAAAGGCGAAAGAAAAGAAUCUUGCAGAAAAGCGUAUGAAUUUACCUGUGCCAGCAACUUUUACAGAGAAGAAAUCUGACGCAUCUCUUGAAGACGAUUAUUUAUGGCCAUGUUAUUAUCAGGCGUAUAUUAUUGGGCGUACAGAAUUAACUGGUCACCGGUAUCUUCCAGAAGAUCUUAUUACUCCAAGUGCAGCAGAAACUGCAGAAUGGCGACGACGUGUUACAAAACACCAUCGUGGACGUGGAAAUCAACGUCGUCGUAGUGGCAGUCAAAAUUACUCUUCUCGAUCUUCAUCAUCGUCUGUUUCCUCUUCAUCACGAAGCUCUUCGCGUAGCUCUAAUGCAUCUUCAAAUAUUUCAUCUUUGGCAUCUGUUGCUUUAUCCUGGAAAGAAACUUGUGCAAAAGCUAUGAAACCAUUCUUAAGAUCACCGAAACGUCGACGUAGAUAUGACAGUCAACAUUCAUCGGAUAGUAAUUCGCGUUCUUCUGAUUCUGACUCAGGGUCUGCUCGGUCUCAUUCCGCCUAUCAUACAGCUGCUAGUGGUGCCAGAUAUGGAGCUGGUGCUGGUGGCGGUGGUGGUGGUCGCAAUCGUAAUUAUUGGGGAGCUGGAAAACAUCGUGGUCGAAAUAUUGAGUCGGGUAGAUCAUCGGCUUCAAGAUCGGAUUCUAAUUCGUCGGUUGGAUUCCGCGGUCGAACAGGAGGACGAUUUGGUCGUCAAACAAAUCUACGUGCUGGUCGAAAAUCAAAAUCGCCUGGUUCACCACCUCGCCGUCGUACUGAUAUUCCACCUCUGCCUAGUGAAAGACCGGUUAAGAGACCAUGGGUUGCAGCGCCAUCACUAGCUGCAGUACAGAAUUUAUCUAAGGGCGAUGGACGCGAAAAAUUGCACUCCCGAUCAUCUUCUGGUUCGCGUAGUCCUUUUGGUAAGGAUAUUGAAUCAAAACAAUUCAUCACAUCAUGGUCACGCAGUCCAUCUUCAGGCGGUGAAGGUCGUCGUGAAGUUUUACCUGAUGUUGUUCCUGGUCCACGUAUACGUGGUAAACGAAUAGCAUCACCAUUACGUAGAAAGAAAAGUCGUAGUCCAUUUGCAGAUGAUGCAAUUGGUCUAUCAGCUGUUACGAAUACUGCAAAUGCUAAUACUAUUACUAAUACUACUAAUAAUAAUUGGCCACCUGUUUCAAAUGAUCGAAAUUUGCAUACUGUAGAACAUAUUGAACCAGAAUUAUAUCCUAAAACAGCAACUACUAUUAAUACUGGUACAAAUGAAAUUACCUCGUCUAUUCAACCGACUGGAGGGGGUGGUGCAGGUGCGGGUGAACUUCCAACAAAUCGACCAGGUGUUCGUUUAACUUUAGCACCACGUAUAAAGCCAGCACCUGUUGGUAUCAGUUCGUUGGCAAGUGCAGCACCUAAUCGCUCCACUACAAAUCGUCCACCACCUCAGCAACCGGCAUCCCCACCACGACAAGUUCGACAUCUUGGUGUUCCUGUAUUACACCGACACACCUCACCUAUCGAUCCUAAUCAUCCGUCUACAGUUGGCACCACCAAUAAUAUUACAAUGCCAUUGACACAAACACAAGUUCGUUUACAAGCAGAAGCUGCAGCUGCAGCACUGGAAGUCCGUGAAAGACGAAGAGCAGCGGCUGAAGCGGCAGUCAACAAACGCCAACGAUCACGUCGACAUAAACGAACUGACUUGAAGAAUAUCCCUUUGCUUGGUCGACCAACUUACAGACGGCAGUCAUUUUCUGCCUCGUCUGGAGCAUCUGGUAGCUCUAAUCUAUCACAUUCUUCUAGAUCACCAUCUGGAGGUCGUUCGCAUUCUGAAUCAGGUAAACCUAUUGGAGUUCGGCAUAGUUCGCCUCCAAUGGGUCGUCAUAUUCCAUCUAGACAAGAUCAAGAAGUUCGUUCAAAUGUUGCUCGUAAGCGUACACGUCAAGAAGCAGCAGCAGCAGCAGCUCAACGUCAAAGUCUUAAAGAAAUUGAUGAAAAUUCAACACGUCGACAUGUAGGUCGGUCUGCUGGAGCAGUUGUGAAUAGUAUUGAUUCUCGUGAACCUAUAGACUAUGGUCGUCAUGCAAAACAAUCAGAUUUCAAUGAGCGUACUGCUCAUAGAAUGCGUGGAAUAGAUCAAUUCGGUCAUGACACAACACAAUCGCUUAAACGGCCAUAUCCUUCCGGUUAUGAUGAACUACCGGUACGUGAACGCUUAGAAAGAGAUCCACGCAUAUCUAGUACCCGUUAUCCAAACGCCUUUAUCGAUGAACCACAUAGUAGAAAUAUUAACGCUGAAACACGUCGUGUUGGUGCUGGUCAAAUCAAAGAAAGAAUUGUUAGACCAAGAACACCGCAUGGUUUAGAUAUGAUUGAUUUCAAUCGACGUUCACCGCAUGGAGAUAUUGAUAUACUGCCUAAAAUUCUACGUCUUGAUCGUGAACAAUAUCGUAGAGUGAAUUAUGAUAUACCAGAUAUUAGUACUAUUGA